AUGCCUACUCCCCGAAUACCAGAGGAGACAGCCAUAAGUGAUGGAUCAGCUCCCAUACACCUGAGGAAUGCCGAACCUGGGCCCAGGAUGGUGGAGGAUGUCAAGCCAAGCAACCCUAAGCAUCCACGCUGGGGUAGCAAAGUGGUGACAGUCAAUGCCAACAAUUUGCCGGAUGUGGAGGAUGUGAUCAAUGGCGUUGCAGCAGCCACACCAAUGGCAAUGGACUGGGAAGGCACCAUAAACCUGACUUUGCCACUGCCAGAGCCUGUGCCCAUCACUGUCAAGCUGCCAUCCUCCCGCCCAACUUCCGCUCCUGGAGGUGCUGGACAAGACAUGGCUGAGGUUGUGGACUUUUAA